GAACUAAUGCCUAUAAAUACGUAAAUUGCAUGAGUACUUACUCAAGCAUUUUCCUGCAACUUUAAUAAUACACCGUUCCGGAAACAAAGCUUCUUCUAAUCCAUUUAUUUAUAUCUCAUAAGUAUUAUGGCUAAGCAAAAGAUAGUGAUCAAGGUGUCAAUUAUGAACAGCCAUAAAUCAAGGUCCAAAGCCAUGAAAAUUGCAGUUGGAGUUUCAGGAGUGGAAAGUGCAGCUGUAAAAGGAGAUAGCAAGGAUCAAAUAGAGGUAACUGGAGAACAAAUAGACGCAGCUAAACUCACAUGUCUACUUAGAAAGAAAUUCUGUCAUGCAGAUUUGGUGAGUGUUGGUGAAGUUGAAAAGAAAGAAGAAAAGAAAGAAGAGGCAAUUGUAGCAUGGCCUUGUGUAGCUGGUUAUCCUCAUUACCCUGUCCCUGUGUGUGAGAUAAGGGACGACCCUUCUUGUUCCAUCAUGUGAAUGUAUGGUGUGACCAUGUUUGGCGUGACUGUGUGUGAGUCAAAGUUUGAUGUUUAUUUUGGUCAUUUAAGACGGAUUUUUUGCAUUUUUUCUUCGUAUGUUAUUAGCAAAGUAGGCAGUACUUGAAAAAAGGCAGUACGUGAGUACAAAAUUGAGAAAGA